AUGAUCUUCCAUUACUUCACUUCCGCCCUCAGCUGGCUGAUAUUUUCACACCCGUGGUUCUGUCUCCUUCUAAUCAUCAUUGCCGUUGUGGUCGUCGUCGGGUUUCUGAAUGUGAAUGUUGAGCCAGAUUCUGGUACCUCGACCCCAGAAUCGAGCUCCAGGAGACUUUCUUUCAUACAUGAAGUUGAAGAAAAGCUUGAUGCGACAGGGGAUGAAGCCGUACAAGCAGCUCUUAGCCUCCCACGAAGACGAAAGCGUGAUUGGGCCAGAAAAGUCUAUCGAAGCUUGAUUCAAAGCGAAUCUUCGGGGAGUUCGACUCCAGAAGAACCGGAAGGGCGGACACCUGAAAGACGGAUACCCAAACUCAGCCGUCGCCACUCUACCGCACAUCCAUUACACCUGGCAAAAGAGAUCAAGCGUCGAACCAUGCACUACUUUCGACAAAGAUCAGGCGGUGCUCAAUUUAACCGUGAAGCGCUUCCAAGUCCGCCGAUGGAGUUCUACGAGCCAGCCGAUUUGCCGGCCAUACCUCAUGAUCUGACGCCUGAGAUGUUCUACGUGAUGCAUAAUUUAAAAAUGCUAGAGCUUCCGGCCGAGUCGACUGUUGACCCUAAAGACAUCGUAGUGACACAGUAUGAAGCUGAUCAAUUUGUUGUCACUCCUGGAGAUGAGGACGACAGCAUGUAUAUCCCACUUGAUGGCUCGUUGGCUGUUUAUAUUGCUUGCGCCGAAGGGAAGGAUAGCAAGGAUUAUAUGGUGAAGAAAAUCCAUCGUGGAAAUGCCUUCUUCUCCCUUCUUUCAAUGCUAGACAUGUUGAUGGGAUCUCCAUCUAUGUUCAAAACGGUUUCAUUGAAAGCUCUAGAACCGACUAAAGUCGUACGAUAUUCAAUCCGAUCAUUUGUUGAUGCCUACAAACAAGAUCCAGUAUUAUGGUCAAGAACGAUUCAGGUUGCGUGCACUCGCCUACUUCAUGUGACGAUGACAACGUUGCAUAAUUACAUGGGAUUAAGUUCAGAACUGAUAAAGCCGAGAGUGAAAGACCCUCGUUCAAAUACGACACCAUUCUCACUGAGCACCGAUUCAAUGAGAAGACAUGCGGCCGGUUCUCCAUUCACCCAGAAGCUCAGAUCGAUGUCUCUAGGCCGACGUCAGCAAAAUGAUUUCGUCGAAGCCAAGGCUGAGCAGAAGCCAGAAAUCGCAGCCCGUUGGUUCGCUGAAGCACUCCAAGUUACCGACCCGGCCAGCCUGAAAUUGAUCGAAAAUUUGAAAAUUCAGAACUACGAAGAAGAUGAAUUGAUCCUGGAGCAAGGAAGCGAGGACGAAAGGCUGGCAAUAGUCCUGCAGGGGACUGUGUUGCUAAAACAGGAAUCAGUCUUUGAUGAAGAAGACCCAGAUGCAGAAGAGAAAUGGGCUUCGUCCAUGCAUUCAAAGGAGCUGAUUGGUGGCUUGCAGGUCCUCACCAAUGAGCCGUCAUUCUACACUUACAAGGCAAAAAAUGCUGUAUCGGUUGCUUGGCUUGAUAAGGAACUUGUGCAAGCGCUGAUAGAAGCCCGGCCUAGCGUUUACCUUGUCAUCGCGCAUUCAGUGCUCUGCCGGCUAUCUGCAUUUGUGCGUGGAGUAGAUUUCGCACUGGAUUGGGUGCUAGUCGACAGUGGACAAUCGGCAUACCGAUUCGGAGACACUUCCGACUCCCUGUUCGUCGUCUUGUCGGGUCGUCUUCGGUCGGUUGAUAAGAAAGUUGUAAUCGAAGAGUUUGGACGUGGCGAUGUUCUUGGAAUGAUUGACCUUCUUCAAAAGAAGCCCCGCUCGACCACUGUCUUAGCGGUCAGAUUCUCACAGUUGGCUCGAAUUCCUGAGGGCUUGCUGAAUUAUAUCAAGCUGUCGUUCCCACAGGUCGGCUUCCGGCUUGUACAUUUGCUGGGACAAUACUACACCACUUCUCCAUCUAGAAGAUCCAUGUUCAGUCCAUCAGCCAAUACCCGCUAUCUCGACCAAUCUGGGGCUGACCCGAUGAGUCAUAUCAAGAAUCUGCGCACCAUUGCUGUCAUUCCGGCCUUCCCGGAAAUCCCCCUCACUUCCUUCUGUUGCGAGCUUUUCGCGGCGUUGAGUAAAAACUGCCGGGUGCUUCGACUGAGUUCCGAAAAGAUUGCUCGGACGUUGGAUCCCAGCGUAUUAGAAAAGCCUGCUGACUUCCGCCUUAUGCACUGGCUGAAUGUCCAAGAAGAAGCCUAUUCACUGGUGAUCUAUGAAUGUGAUUAUUCGGCGACCAAUUGGAGUAGGAGAUGUCUACGACAGGCAGACGCCAUUCUGUUCGUAGGACUUGGUACCAAAACACCACCAAAGCAUUCCCUACUAGAUGAUUUGAAAAAAGAUGAGAAGGAUGGGCUUCGGACAAAUAAGGAACUAAUCCUGCUAUGGCCGGAAGAUACGCGCACGCCUACGAAUACAUACCAAUGGCUAAAGGGAUCGUACUUUUCUGGUCAUCACCAUAUCAGGAGUCCAAAGAGAAUGUGGCAAUGGCAUAUGGCUAAAGAUGGAACAAAAACAUGCUCGGAACGUGAAAUCAUCGACUACUAUGAGGAAAAUGUCAAAUUUGAGAAGAUGGAUAUGCGGUCGGACUUUGGACGACUUGCGAGGAUUCUAACCGGAAAUGCGAUUGGGCUGGUACUAGGAGGAGGAGGAGCCAGAGGAGCCGCCCAUCUUGGAGUGAUCCAGAGUAUGCAACAACUCGGGAUCCCUAUCGACAUGGUAGGCGGAACGAGCAUUGGUUCGAUGAUUGGCGGUCUUGUCGCGGAAACGACAGCUGGUUCAGAACUGAUCCCACGUGCCAGGAGCUGGUUCAUGGACAUGACAAGCUUAUGGCGCAAAAUUUGGGAUCUCACCUAUGCACAUACGGCAAUGUUCACAGGAGCCGGCUUUAACCGGACCCUACACGAUCUUUUUGGCGAGCGUGUAAUCGAGGAUCUCUGGAUACCAUACUUCUGUAUUUCCACCGAUAUUUCAACGUCGGAAAUGCGUGUCCACCGAACAGGGCCAUUAUGGACCUAUUGCCGUGCAUCAAUGUCGUUGGCCGGCUACUUGCCACCAAUCUGCGACCCGCAAGAUGGGCAUCACCUUCUCGACGGUGGCUAUGUCAACAAUUUGCCGGCUGAUGUAAUGAGAUCGAUGGGUGCGAGAGUAGUCAUUGCAGUAGAUGUUGGGGCCGUUGAAGAAACGAACCUCCACAAUUAUGGUGACACCCUCUCGGGCACCUAUCUACUACUCAGCAAAUUUAACCCAUGGGCCCAGCCAGUCCGCGUAUUAAAUAUGGAGGAGAUUCAAUCUCGACUGGCCUUUGUCUCGUGUGUAAGACAGCUGGAAACUGUCAAAAAGGCUCCAUACUGUUGCUACUUGCGACCACCAAUCGAGACGUUCAAAACACUCGAUUUUGGACGAUUCGAGAUGAUUAUGGAAACGGGCGAAAGAUACGGGGAGAAGGUGCUUGUGGACCUGUUGAGGGAAAAUGAGGCGCUUCGGAAAGCGAUGGGCACUGAAGAAUGCACAAGGAGGUUAGCUCGACAACAGAGCGGAAUUGAUAAGGAUCGCAUUGAUCGCUGUAUGUCUACUUCGUUCACUGACUUGGCAGCAGCCUUGUCGAAAGUACCAUCAUUCCAUCGAAGAAGAAAUUCCCUAUCAGCCCUCGACCAGAUUGACCCAUUGGAAAUGGAGGAGAUCCUCGAGGAACUAAUUAAUAAUGAUGAUUCACACAGCGAUAUCUUCAUUGUAUCUGAAGACGCAGACGGAGAAGAGCUUCAUGAUGAGCUCGUUGAGACUCAC